AAAGAGCAUUUGAUUUUCAUGAACAAGACGAUUUUAUUGUUCUUUUUUUCUUAAAGUAGAGAAUUUGUGAUUUCUUCAAACUGUAGACACCCAACCAUCUCAGAAUUUGAUAGGAAGAUUCUCUGUGAGAAUGGACCGGCUUAUGUUCCAGAAUCGUGUGAUGUUGAGUGACUAUCUCUUUGGAGACAUUAUUGCCCAGGCACCUCAUAAUCAAGUUGGAGGUGCUAACGUACAGGCUCCUAAUAAUCCAGUUGGAGGUGCUAAUGCUGACCAAGACGGAGGCGCUAAUAAUCAAGUUGGAGGUGCGAAUGCACAGGCUCUUAAUGAGCACGAUGCUGAUCAAGUUGUACCUGCUAAUGCUGACGAUGGAGGCGCUAAUAAUCAAUUUGGAGGUGCAAAUGCACAGGCUCCUAAUGAGCAAAAUGCUCCUAAUGAGCAAAAUGCUGAUCAAGUUGUACCUGAUAACGCUGUCCAAGAUGGGGGCGCUAAUGAUCAAGUUGGAGGUGCAAACGAACUGGAUCCUAAUGAGCAAAAUGCUGAUCAAGUUGUAGGCGCUGAUGCUGAUCAAGAUGGAGGUGCUAGUGAUCAAGAUGGGGGUGUUAAUGAACAGGUUCCUAAUGAACAAGAUGGAGGCGCUAACGAUCAAGAUGGGGGCCUUAAUGAACAGGAUCCUAAUGAACAAGAUGGAGGCGCUAAUGAGCAAAAUGCUGACCAAGAUGCAGAUGCUAAUGAACGGAAUCAUGAUCAAGAUGGAAGCGUGCCAGCGAAACGAAGGAAGAUGUAG